GAAUAGUUCUUGUUUUUCGAUCUUGUUAUCUCGGCAAAUAGUAUUUAAGUACUUGCUAUCAAUGUAACAACAUUGUUAUUGCAGAAAAAUGGCCGUCAAUCCGGUUUUUGUGAAUUUUGAUGUAAACUUUCGCCAUACAUUUGAAAACGUUCUAGUUAGUCGAAGUUUACGCUUGCACUUCCGAAAUAUCAGAGACGCAAGUAAUCCGUUUGAAAUUGCUGAAGACAAGUUCAAAAAAUUGUUUCGUCUGAAUAAAGUAGCAGCAACGGAUCUAAUUACUCAGCUACAAGGAUACGUUGAUGAACCUACCAGAAGAGACACAGUACCUUUUCAUCUGCAGGUCUUUUCAAGUUUAUUAUUUUAUGCCCAUGGCGGUUAUCAAACAACCGUAGGACACGACUUUAAUAUCGGAAUCAGCCAACCUGUAAUGAGCAGACUUAUAAACAAAAUAAGCAGACUAAUUGCAUUACAUUUGUCACCUCGAUAUAUCAGGUUUCCAACAACUUCAGAAGAAGUUAGGAGAGUCAAAGACGGGUAUGUAGGUAUUUUCUCUACAUAAUGGCCACAUCAUAUCAUGAGUUUUUCAAUUUUCAGAUUUUUAGAGAAUCAUCAAUUCCCAAAUGUUGUAGGCGUUAUCGAUUGUACACAUAUUGCGAUAGUGCGACCCAAAACAGAUGAUCCUAUUAAUCCAUCAGUAGCAUAUAUUAAUAGAAAAGGGUUCCACAGUGUAAAUGUUCAGGCAGUAAGUUCAUUUUUUGUUAAGCCUUGACUGAGAACAUAAAUUCGCAAUAUUUUACAGAUUUUCGACUCUCACCUAAUGAUUACUAACGUAAAUGCGAAGUAUCCUGGAGCAGUCCAUGAUGCAGCAAUAUGGGACUCUUCAAACAUACAGAGACAUCUUAAGCAAAAAUAUGAAGAUGGAAGACGAAACUGCUACCUACUUGGUGAUUCAGGAUAUCCUCUCCAGCCGUGGCUGAUGACACCAAUCCUCGAAACAAGAGCUAAUACCCCCGAAGCUCACUAUAACAGUAUACAUAUCAACACACGCAAUGUGGUUGAAAGGGGCUUUGGUAUUUGGAAAGCCCGUUUUAGAUCAGGUGAAUUAUGUAAGAAAAUGUUCUCUAAAAUAAAUAUUUAAUGCAGAUUUUAGUAUUUUCAUUUUUAUUACAUGACAUCAGGUUUUUGAUAUGUUGCUUAGAGCAAUUGCUAUAUCAGAUAGCCCUUGAGCUAACUGUGAUAUUGCACCAGCCAUCACCUUCACAGCUUCAGCCAUUUCGCUGGUGCU